CAUGACAAGGGAAUUGGUACAGCCAAUCACAUGGAGGACUCUAAAGAAGGCGAACUCUAGAAUUGGUGGAAAAGCUAUUGCUUUUCGUAUAAUAUUCACCUGAAGCACAUAACUGUGUAUCGUGUCUCGAUGGUGUCCCAGUGCCGAAUGAAUAAUUCAAAAUAGUUUAGGAACUUCUUGUCGCAUAUGUUGCACAUGUUGAAACAUCGUCAGCUGAUUUACUGAUCGGUUGUUAUUAUUAUGUUUCUUAAGUAAAUUGACACUUGCUUAAGAUUGUCAAACUAUUUGAGGAUGAUCAAUGUGCUCGCAAUAAUGUGCAACGAUUUAGAUCGUAUGUGAUGUCUUCAACCAUCUUGGUAUCUUUAUGCGUUAUUCGCAUUGAAAUUAACAACUUCGAUCUAGAAGAAGCUACCAGUUCAAUGGCUGCAAGGAAAAUGAGGGGUUGCAGAGAACCUAGAGACAUUACGGUGGAAAGUUAUGCCAAUGUCACUGAAGGACCAACUCCGUUAUUAUCAUCUCAGGGGCCAAGCAAAUCACAUUCAAAUUCACGAGCCAAUUCAGAAGAAUCAUCAUAUUCUCAAAUGACAAUUACUUCAUCAUCUACAUCUGCUGCUGAGACUGAUGGAGCCGCUGCUCGCACGUCACCUGAUCAAAUAAACUUCUUCUCAGGCAGUCCCUUUGUGGAAAUUACUAAAGGAAUUUUGCAUCUCUUUAAAGAGGAUGAGCUAACUGAAAUGCAUUGUGCAGCUACUAGAAGUCAUACAAUUUGUAUUCUCUCUGUUCCUGCGACGAUGACAUGCCAUGACCUUCUCACUUUCACUGCAGCUUGUCAUCAAGAUAUACAGCAUUUUAGAAUUCUCAGAGAUGGUAGUCCUAAUCAGUAUAUGGCCCUGAUAACCUUCCGAUCUGCAGUAGCAGCAAGCGAAUUCUAUGAGUCAUUCAAUGGCGUACCGUACAAUUCUCUUGAACCAGAUAUCGUCUGUCAUAUGGUCUUUGUAUCCAAAGUAGAAGUCGGUGACAAUGGUCUGUCGUUGGCUGGACACACAGAAUUACCAUCUUGUCCUGUGUGCUUGGAAAGAAUGGAUGAGAGCGUAGAUGGGAUCCUCACGAUCUUGUGUAACCACACGUUUCACUCGAGUUGUCUAGUAAAAUGGGGCGACACUUCUUGUCCAGUAUGUCGCUAUGCACAAACACCAGAGCCACUGGCGGACAGCCAUUGUAUGGAGUGCGAUUCUGCAGUUGCAGGUGCUAGCAACGACGCCCUCUGGAUUUGUUUGAUCUGCGGUCACAUCGGUUGCUCACGUUAUCACAAGGGUCAUGCAUUCGACCACUAUCAGGACACGCAUCAUUGUUAUGCCAUGCAACUAGGAAACAAUCGCGUUUGGGACUACGUGGGCGACAACUUCGUUCAUCGCCUCUUACAGGACAAGGAUGGUAAAAUGGUGGAGGGCGGCCGGGAGGCCAGUAAGAGUGAAGGAGCUACUAUGGACGAAAAAGUCGACUCUGUGCAACUUGAAUUCACGUAUCUUCUAACAUCCCAACUCGAAACACAGCGACAGUAUUUCGAGGAGCGACUAGGUCGCCUAGAACAGCGCACCAUUUCAGAGACCACUGAAUUGCGUGAUAAGUUGAGCCAGAUGCUGGACGAAAAUGCUGAAUUUAAGAAACAAUUUUCGAUAUUAACACGUGAAAAACAAUCGUUAGAAAAGCGGUUGCAGAAUGCUAAUUCAAAACUGGCUCAAGCACAGGCAGAAUUGUCUGAGGAGAAGGAAUUGCGGCAGGCCCUCCAGUUAAAUCAGACAUCAUGGCAAACAAAACACAAGCAGCUUCAGGAUGAAUUAUGCAACUAUAAAGAUGCGAAGGAGGUCGAGUUAACAGAUUUACGGGAGCAAAUAAGGGACCUAAUGUUCUUCCUCGAGGCGCAGAGACUAAUUGAAAACUCGGCCGAUAGAGACGAAAUUGCAGCAGGUCGAAUUGUUCUUGGUCAAAGUUCCAGUAGCCCAAAACAAGCGUCAUCCAAGAGGCAGCAGAAAAAACAUUAACUUUUUUGUUUUCUCUUGUUAUACAGAGUCUCUUGUAUAUUGUAUUACCGAAGAACGGAGGUAUACGUACGGUAUUGAAAAUUUCAAAUUAAGGAUCCCCGUCAUUUUAUAUGCUAACAUACAUACAUACAUAAAGCGUGGAAAUACACAAGAAUUGAAUUAAUUUAUUAUUUUCAAGCAACAAAUAGGCGCCGAUUCGGCAAAAAACGAGUUUGUCAUUCAUGACUGCAACCAUGUGAUCUAGUAUUUUUUUUUUAAAUUAAAGUGCAGUGUAAUACAACUUAAAUAUGCAAGCAUCACUGCUAAUAUGUACCGGAACCUUCAAAAAUUCAUAAAACACAACCUACAGUACUUAAAAUGUAAAGUAUUUGAAUCAAAAAACGAUAGCAACAGUGUGUUAAUUUAUUUGAUAACAUUGUUAUACAAUAUUUUCUAUAUUAAAAAAUACAGUACAAUAUA